ACAGGUUCGGCUCCGCUCGGAGCCCGCUCUGCCCCGCGGCUGCUCGGUCAUAUUCGGCUCUUGUCGUUCGGCGGAAGAAUGGACGAAGCGGACUCGGCCACGAAGGCGCUCGGGCUGGAUGAACCGCCCAUCGGCGGGCCGUCGGUGGAGGGAGUAGGCUCGGAUACCGAGUCGGAGGCCGAAGUCACCACGAUGGCUGUGAUGGCAGAACCGGGAAACAUCGACAUGGGAGCCGAGUCCCUGCCGAACCCAGACGAGGCCGAGGCUGCCUUCGCUGAGGUGACAGCGGUGACGGUGGCUGACGUUCACGCAGCAGAGGACAACGUUUUCACCACGACGGUCGCCACAUCAGGAAGCCUCCCUGAACACGUGCUGAGCGGUAGGACCACUCUUCAGCUGGGUGAAGGUCUCAGCACCCAGAAGGCCACUUUGAUCGUGGUUCACACUGACGGCAGCAUCGUAGAAGCUGCAGGCCUAAAGUCUGCUGCCACCAUUGCAUCAGGCCCACAGACUCCACCCACUCCGCUGACUCCUCCUCAGGACAAGGACUCCUGCUCUAAGUACAACUGGGACCCGUCAGUCUACAACAACGAGCUGCCGGUGCGCUGCCGGAACACCAGUGGAGUCCUGUUCAAGAACCGACUGGGAUCAGGGGGUAAGGGUCGCUGCAUCAAACACAACCAGCAGUGGUUCACUCCCACUGAGUUUGAAGGUCUAGCAGGAAGAGCGAGCAGCAAAGACUGGAAGAGGAGCAUCAGAUAUGCUGGCAGGCCUCUGCUCUGUCUCAUACAGGAGCGUAUCCUGAACCCCCACGCUGCCUCCUGUACCUGUGCAGCCUGCUGUGACGACCUGACAACGUGUCCAAAGGAGGGAGACACUCUGCCAACAGAAAGCAUCAGUAUGACCGGUCCAGUUCGCCUCUUCGUCCCAUAUAAGAGACGAAAGAAGGACAGCGACCCUCCAAUCAUUCCUGCCAAAAAGGAGCUUUCCUCCCCCAAAAAUAUAACGCUGACACCAGGAACCGCAUUCACCGUGUCCCCCACAGGACAGUUCACCACUGCCGGCACCUUGACCUUUGACCGCACUCCAACAGGCGACGCUGCCACCGCCAUCAUCUCAGAGAGCUCAGCACAGAACGAGGUGUUUGCCAGCACCACAGUGUUGACAGCGUUGCCAGCGCUGGCCAUGACUCCUCAACCGGUUCAGGCCAAAGUCACAGUAGCAGCAGCGGUGGCUUCUCCCCCCUCGGCACUGGUCACUGGGCUGGAGGUGGGGCCUGUUGGGGGUGUGGGGCCAACGGUGAGCGAGGGACAGAAGAACACUUGGCUGUACCUGGAGGAGCUGGCCAACACGCUGCUCAGCAACGUCCAGCAGCUGAAGGUUCUCAUUGAACAGGCCAAAAACUCCACAGGGGACGCUGCAGGGGUCAAAGGUCAGGGAGGCAGGAAGGAGUGUGGUCUUAGUCAGUCGUUUCAGAACCAGAUCUCAUUCCAGCAGCCGGACGACUCAGAUGCCAAGAGGAGCUCAGACAUCACAGAGAUCAUUAUUAACCAGAUGUGUGUGAAUUGCGGUCGGGUGGCGAUGAGUGAGUGUACAGGCUGUCACAAAGUCAACUACUGCUCAACCUUCUGUCAGAGGAAGGACUGGAAGGACCAUCAACACACCUGCUGUCAGUCAGCAGGGGGCGUGACUGUUCAGGAGGACGAGCCAAUCACAGCCAUCGACAUGGACAAAGUGAAGUGAAGGUGCAGGAGGCUGUGUGAAGGCACUUGUUCAGUCAGGACAUCACGUCCACAGCUGCUGCAGACAAGAAGACCUUAAGUGGCGAAAAGUGGAGAGUUUUCUACACACACCUUACCUCCUCACUGGAACUUUUAUUGUGAAAUGUUUCCCUUAGACCGACAGAAGAAGGUCUCUGAUCACCUGAGAGCUGAUGUUGUGCCAAAAUUGCACUGACUUUGUAUUUGAAGAUGUCAGGGGUUUCACCACUAACUUCAAUACACUUUUUUAUCACAGCAGCAUCUAGUGGACUUUAGAAGAACUGUAUCUUGAAAUUUCUGGAUACAGAAAUGGAGAUGAUCUCAACAAACAGUUGAACAACAGUUUGACGGUUUGAAAUAUCACAUGUGUAAAUCACAUAGUGACUGCUAUUUUAUUAUCAAUUAAUCUUGAUAUUACUUAAUUUAUUACAUGAAUUCAUCAGUUACCAUAAUGCUGUUUAAUAUUUUGUGUCUUCCCCAAAGACUCUUAUCUGGCUGCUGGUUUGUUGCCGUUUUACCGAUUAAUAAAGAGAUUUAACUGUCCAGAUCACAUGAUGGAAAAAGUCUUGAACCAGGCAACUAGGCAGAAUGACUGUCCUGGGUGCUUUCUGAGGUUUUUCUUAUGGUAAAAAAUACAUAAAUCUGAGAAUUUGUAUUUUAUUACACUUGAAAAUGUAAUAAAUAUACCCUUGUAAUUUUAAAUUGA